AUGAGUGCGAUCCUCGGCGUGUCGCAGACGCACCCAAAUUACUGCCCGGCGGCGGCGUGGGACGACUCGUCGUUGAUGCAUACAAGUAUUGUCAUCUGCGCCUGUCCCUCGCCAAGGACGUACCGCUGCGUCUUCCUUACCAUCGCGUCGCCCUCCAGUUCCGCUUUCGCCAUGACCGGCAUGCACACUCGCUCGCGUUCUACCGCUUUACCGAACGCCAAGCGCCACAAGGGUGACGAAGUCGAGAGAAACAACGACGCCGAAGACUUCCUGGACUACGCCGCCCAAGGUCGCACUAUGGAGGCGAACUUGACGGGGCACGGAGCAACUCUCAUGACUCCUCCGGCCACGCCUGUCGAGCAUCGCGGACGUGGUACUCAGUCGUUCGCCUCCGGUAGUUCUACCUCCUCUCCCCUGAGCGACUUGCACGCGUCGGAGAGCGACAGCGAUGAAUCCGUCGGUAGCCUCCCUGACCUCGAGCCCGCUGGCAGCCCGUACUCGUUGCUCGCUACGUCGUCCUCUGCCUAUCCCUCUGGCUUAAACGUGGCCCCGACUGGCGUAGCUCGCAACCUCUUGGAAGCUUUCAUGACCGACGCAACGGUCGCUACUCCGACGGUGGGCAUCUUCGCCGACGCCGGAGACGUCCCUCCAGUUCUGCACACCGGACUGGGAGAAGCGUUCGUGUUACCCCAGGUCAACUCUUCGGUAACGAACUCCGCCGUCCCCGAAACCGCGGCGUCCACGUCUUUCACUCCAACCCUGUCCACGGCCGCGGUCGAUGCCGCCCCUGUUCCCGUUACAGCCACCGAAGCUGGUGCAACAGGUGCUGGCCCCAACAUCGGCGAAGCCCUCGCGCAGUCCAUCGCCACCGUCCCUACUGCGACCGCGAACGCUGCACCCACCCCUGGUCUCACCGACGCUGGCGCGCCGACUGUCGCGUUCCUCGGGGCACCGCCGGUCCCUACUGCGACCGCGAACGUUGCACCCCUCGCUGGUCUCGCGGUCAUAGACAAUCCCACUGCCGCCCUCGUCGCACCUACCGUCGCCUCCCUCGUCGCUGGAGGGACAUUGCCGCUUCACGGUUCACCUACCAAUGCCGUUCCCGGGACGACCGCGGCGACCACGGUUGUCGCGCAGCUUCCUAUCACGACUGUGCCCGAUGGUCCGCCGCCUGCCUUAGCGAACGUCGACAAUACUGUGCCAGCCGCCGUGGUCGUUCCCACCACCGCUCUACUGGCUACUCAGCCAGUGCCCGUUCCAGGGCCUUUGCCGCCUCUCGCUUUUCUCCCCAACGCCGCUCCCGGGGCGAACGCGCCGACAACGGCUGGCGCCCCGCAGGCCCCUGCUCCGAUCGUCAUCGCUGGACCGCCGCCUGCUCUGACUAACGCCAAUAACACCGCCCCCGCUGUCGGAGGACCCACCGGCACUGUCCCGUUACUAGGUGGUCCAGAAGCGAUCACUGCUCCCGCGCACGUCCCUGCUGCGGUGGGAGUCGCGCCUGCCGCUGUCGCGCCGUUGGUAGGCACAGCGGCCGUUCCGCUGGCGGUCGCCGCCGUGGUGGCCAACGCCGGGGGACAAGGCAUCAACGGAGCCCAGCCUCAGGCGGGGCCGGCCGCUCCCGUUCCAGUGUUGCCAAACAUGGCGGACGUCCACGCGAUGUUCGCAGGUCUAGAGCUGGUGCCGGACGACAUCUUGCUGCGUCUCUAUGCCAUAGUUCAGGUCGCCAUCCCCACUCACAACGUCUUCGCCGUCAACUGCGUUCCGAGCAACGCCGACUGGGGAACCGGGCGCAACGACCGUCUCCUGUGCCUCAACACCGUCCCGUUGAGCAUUUGGCUCGCGGGACGCGCGGGAUCUCUCUGGUUCUUCAGCCUUGCUGGCGAGCCCCACGCUCGUGUUAACAUCGGUGUCUUGAUGGCCGCUCUUCGCGACUACGAAGCUGUCAAGCAACUUUAUCAGCGCGCGCGUCCUCGUAGCGCCCCCGCGUCGGAGACCAUCUACGCUAGCCGUCUGCAGACCGUUCGUGGCCGUGGGGAACAAAUUGCUCACGCGGUCGCGUUCGAGGAAGUAUUCGACGCCACUGAGACCCUGACCGUGAAGAGCGCGAUGCCGCGCAUUAGCGCCGCUGACAUCGCCGAGGGUGACAUUGUCCUCGUAGAGGCCAUGUUAACUAGGUGGAAGAAGCCUGCGGACAAGAAGAAGAAGGGUUGGCCCGCUUGGGACGUCGGGUUUGAGCUCCAGGCUGUGUCGCUCAUUUACAAGGCACCCGCUGUCGUCGACGCUGGGGCUGCUGUACCGGUGCCCGAUGUGCCGAUGUUCAAUCUCUGA